AGGCCUUUGUUAACUAGCCAUUUUGUUGACUUGACGCGUCCAAUGCCAUAUCCAUUGUAUUUGCUUGUUUUAUAGGAAGAGGAAUAACCGAUAUUUUGCAAUUUACUACAUAGAACAGUGAUUAAGAUUUUGCUGGACUAAAAUUUUCACGGAUUGUUCUAAUUCUAAUAACAGAACAGCGUCCGAGAGCUCGACGAUUUUUUCGAAACGUAUCAUAACAGUAAAACUCAGUUUUAAAUCAACAUUGCCAUAUAUAAAGAUGAGAUACAACAUUCUCAAGAGUUGUACUCGUUUAUUAUGUACUGUAGCACAACAAUCCGUACCUCAGGUAUGCAUCGUUGGUGCAGGUCCAGCGGGCUUCUAUGCAGCUCAGCAGUUACUGAGGGAUUCAAGCAACUCAAUAAUCACCAUUCUGGAUAAACAACCAGUUCCCUUUGGUUUAAUACGCUAUGGGGUUGCUCCAGAUCAUCAGGAUGUGAAGAACGUCCUCAAUACAUUUCACAAAAUCGCAACCAAUCCACGUGUUGAAUUCCUGGGCAAUGUUAGACUUGGCGUCAAUAUUGAUGUCGACUACCUGCGAAAUUUGUACGAUGCUGUGUUAUUGGCUUAUGGCGCUCAGGAAGAUCGAUUUCUCAAUGUACCUGGUGAACAUUUAAACAAUGUAAUAUCAGCCCGACAUUUUGUUGGUUGGUACAAUGGACUGCCAGAUGAUAAAGGUCUGAAAAUUAACUUAGAUGUAGAAGAAGCAGUUAUCAUAGGUCAAGGCAAUGUAGCCAUAGAUGUCGCGAGGAUUCUUUUGACACCGGUCGACAAACUCAAGAAUACAGAUAUCACAUCGUACGCCUUGGAAGCUUUAAGUCGCAGUAGAGUGCGAAAAGUCACCAUGGUUGGACGAAGAGGACCUUUGCAGGCUGCAUUUACAACCGCAGAACUGCGGGAAAUUCUGAAGCUGCAAGAUUGUAAAACUUUUUGGCGACAGCAAGACUUCGAAAACGUACAGACAAUUGUACCGACUUUAGACAGACCCCGGAAACGAUUAACGGAACUCAUGCUGAAGUCUUUAGAAGAAUCCAAGAAUGACUUGGUGCACGCAAAAGAACUACAUCAGAUCUUCCUACGCAGUCCCGUCGAGUUUCAUGGCAGUAAAGAAUUACAGAGCAUCAAAUUUGUUAUCAAUCAGUUACGAGGAGAGACGAUACAAAAUCAGAUAGCCGAGACAACUGACGAAUUCGAAGAGAUCCCAUGCGGUCUGGCUCUACGCAGUAUCGGUUAUAAAACCGAGCAAAUAUAUAAGAAUAUAUCAUAUAAUGCAAAGAUGGGAUGCUUGGAGAACAUCAACGGUAAGAUCGAAGGGAGAAACGGUGAGCGAGCACCUCUCUAUGUCGCAGGAUGGGCAGGAACUGGUCCAACUGGGGUCAUUUUAACGACUAUGAGAAAUGCUUUCCAAGUUGCUAGAUUAAUAUACAAUGACUUGCCUUCUAAUCCGAAAGCAGGCGACGCCAGACGCGAAUUAUGCUAUGAGUUGUGCAAUAAGAACUCAGUCCAGAUUGUAUCUUAUGAAGACUGGUUGAAGAUUGAUCGCGUUGAACAACAGCGGGGCAAGCAGCUGGGGAAAGUACGGGAAAAGAUAGUGAACGUGCAUGAAAUGCUGAGAAUCGCUGAAAAUCACAUACAUAGAUGAAGGACCGAUUUGAUAGUGCAUUUUUUUCAAAGACUUAAAGAAUGCAUUUAAAAUUAUAUUUUGUGACUUGAAACGA